GCUCAUGAAUGACUUCCAGAGCGCUUCUAACCAAUACCGUUUCGCUCACGUUUUCUUCACGGAAGAAAAAAGAGCGUUCAGCUGAUAGCACCCCUUUGGUGCCUAGCUGCCAUGCCACCCGAAGGAAGCACGAGGGCUGGGAAACUGCCAGGUUGCCCAAGCCUAGACAGGGGAAGUCGAGAGUCGGUGGUCGGAUUCGAACCACAGACCUUCCGGUCACUUGUCCGGAUGAAUUAUUCAAUCGCUUAUGUCACUCCAAUUGCGCCGUUUUCCUGAAGACUCUCAAGGAGAUCAAUAUCGCCUUUUUGCCCGUGGAAUCACGAGUCUUCUCACUCGAUUCACCGCUGAGCUUCCAGUACUACUUCAACCCGUCUGUUAGACAACAGGGACAUCAUUUGGAGCGAAUAGCGGAACAGAUUGCUACUCUUUGCGCGACUUUGGGCGAAUAUCCUCUAAUUCGUUAUCGAAGGUUAGCGUCCCUUUUUGUUGUGUUGUCAGGCCAGUUACUUGUAGACAGCCAGCAUUUGUGUGUGUGUGUGUGUGUGUAUGCGUAUGGAGCCCACUCUACUAACUGUAUGUUUCCAGUAUGGGCUGCUGACAUGGUCUGCAAUGCCGUUUGUGAGAACUGGAACGGCUUUUCCAGAGGUCUCAUGCUUUAUGUCUGA